AUGACGUCCACCAUCCCUUUCCCUACGUCAAGCACACCCAGUACAUCGGGAAUUAUGUCUGAGCCGCAACCAGUCAACCCAAAACAUUCAGAACUGUCUAUGGUGACAUGUAACCCCCUCACAUAUCAAGUUUGCGACUUUGUAUACGAUAAUUUCCCGUCCACGAGCUUUCUGGAUACAGCUGAGCUCUUCUACGAGACUCGUGCAGGAUACCGUCAUUUUCUUGUUUACUGUAAUGCUGAUUCUACCGAAAGUUACGAAAAUCCCCUGAUAACUGCCACGUCCCGCACCCUCAUUGCAGAUAUUCAUGCCCUCGUGCGCCAAUUUUCUAUAGUCGACAUUCCAAAGCCAUCCCAGAUACUAGGCGCACUCCUGCCCCGAGUCCUCAUCAAAGAUUCCGUCAGCUCAGACCCUUGGUUUCGUGUCCUACGGAUCUGGUCAGAAAUUGAAGAAUUUAGCGAGAGCGAGAGCUUUGACGGCCACAAAAGGAGCAUCGUCGAGCACACGCUCAACAUCUUACUCUUCCCGGACUUGCACAUGGGUUUCAAGAUGCCCAAGUCGCUCUCCUUGCGCACGUCCGAGUCUACACCUGCAACUGAAGCUGUACAUGAGCUCUCGCUAGUCUCUACCACCCCCUCGCUCCCAGUUCCCGGCACGCCAUUCGCGGUUCCAUCGCCACUGCACCUACAGCUUCACGUCAUCACGCGUCUAAGCUUCAAUGAGCAAGGACAGAUCACGUAUCAUCGCGACGUGUGGGACAUGCGUGAUGUGAUAGGGCUCGUACCAGGCAUGCGCAUCGCACAGUGGAUCUUAGGGCGGGCUGGUGCGUGGGGGCUGAGCUGGAUUGCCAAGAGACUGAGGUCCCAACCACACGGUACAUCGUUGAUCACGUCUGCUAAACGAUAG